UGGAAGGAAUCAUUAUUUUGGGAUGCAAACCAAUGCUAUGCGUGCUCGGGCAACACCCCCUCCCUCCUCCUCCUUCUGCCGUGCUCCUCCGCCCCCUCACCACCACUCCCACGUCUCGGACUCCGUUUCCGCUUGGCGUUGUUUGGCCACUGAUGAAUAGUGACGAGCUGCUGCGGGAAAGAGAGGAAGCCGUGGACCUGACAAACCAGAGCCUGACAGAGAGAGGAGGGGAGAAGGAGGUAUCGGAGCAGCUCCACCGGGAUCCGGCUACAGCUUUAGCGCUAUCCGGGUCCGUGCACAAAAACGGAGCUCAAGCUUUUUAGAAGAAAUGCUCAAAAAGACGCAGAGAAGCGUCUCGUGUCACGGAGCUCUGAUUGGAUCCUGAUGGUGCCGGCUCUGUUUGGAGGAAAUCUGGACAGUAGGAAGGGGAGGCUUCAUGGAGACGCUGAGCGGUUUCAACGCCUGGAUUAUCUGACUUGAGCGCUGCUGUUUACGUGUUUAUGUUGGUUCCAGCGCGCGGGGACGCGGUUUUCUGCUUUUUAGGUAAGCUGAUUCCACUCUCCAGUCUCCCCAUCGUGGCCGCAGCUGAUAGCGGGGUUAUCGUAUGGAGUCGCAGUUCUGGUGAGCUCCGGUCAUGGCGGACCAAGAGGAGACUUUUGUAAUCCAAAACUCUCCAACUGGUUCGGAUUCAAGGGAAUUGCAGACGGACAAUAAACCCGAGAAACAAAACGGAACCUCCAGCAAAUCCCCAUCUUCACAGACAACUUACAUCCAGCAGGGAAUGGAGGGAAUUAAAGUCUACCUACACGAGAGGGAACUUUGGAUGAAGUUUCACGAGGUGGGAACGGAGAUGAUUAUAACCAAAGCCGGACGGAGAAUGUUUCCAAGCUUCAAAGUGAAAGUGACAGGAUUAAACCCCAAAACGAAGUAUAUUCUCCUGAUGGAUGUUGUUCCUGCGGAUGAUCAUCGGUACAAGUUCGCAGACAAUAAAUGGUCUGUGACCGGAAAGGCAGAGCCUGCCAUGCCCGGGAGGCUCUACGUCCAUCCGGACUCUCCGGCCACCGGGGCCCACUGGAUGAGGCAGCUGGUCUCCUUCCAGAAGCUGAAGCUCACGAACAACCACCUGGACCCGUUCGGACACAUCAUCCUAAAUUCGAUGCACAAGUAUCAGCCGAGGAUUCACAUCGUGAAAGCGGAUGAAAACAACGGCUUCGGCUCCAAAAACACGGCCUUUUGCACCCACGUGUUCACCGAGACGGCCUUCAUCGCGGUCACUUCUUACCAGAACCACAAGAUCACCCAGUUGAAGAUUGAAAACAACCCGUUUGCUAAAGGCUUCCGUGGAAGUGAUGAUAUGGAGUUGCACAGGAUGUCCAGGAUGCAGAGCACCAAAGAGUACCCAGUCGUGCCUCGCAGCACUGUGCGACAAAGAGUUGGCUCCAGCCAGAGUCCGUUCAGCGGGGACGUCCAGGGCAUCGUCACACCCAGCGCUCUGAGCUCCCAGUACUCUCAGUGUGAGAACGGGGUUACGAGCACAUCCCAGGAUAUUCUGCCUCAGUCCAGUUCCUACCCGCUUCCACAUGAACACGGCCAAGAGUACUGCAUUAAGAGGAAAGUGGAGGAUGACUGUCACUCAGGAGAGCACAGCUAUAAGAAAACAUAUCUGGAGAGUUCAUCCAGUGAGGAGGACCAUUACUACCGUCCUGUUGGCUACCCUCAGAGCCUCAGCCUGGCCGGUGCGCCCUACCGCAGUGAGUCCAGCCAGCGCCAGGCCUGCAUGUAUGCCAGUGCUUCCCAAGGCACAGAGCCCGUUCCCAGUUUGGAGGAUAUCAGCUGCAACACCUGGGCCAGCGUCUCACCUUACGGCAGCUGUUCCGUCACCACCAUGCAGCCGAUAGAGAGGCUGCCUUACCAGCACUUCUCCGCUCACUUCACCUCAGGGUCUCUGGUGUCUAGACUAGGUGCAGUGGGAGGUCACCCCUCGCCACAAAUGGGCGAGGGCCACCACACUGCUAUGUACCAGAGCUCCAUGACCCACCAGACUCUGGGCCGCCAGUGCAGUCCUGGAGCUGGGAUCCAGUCGCCAACAGCUGGCUUACAAGGAAACGAGUACCUCUAUACACACGGCAUCCAGCGUACGCUAUCACCACAUCAGUAUCACUCUGUACAUAGUGUCAGCAUCAUGCCAGAGUGGAGCGAGAAUAGCUAAAAGCAAAAUGAAAGUCUAAACAUUCAAAUAUUUAGAAAAGACUUAAAAGGACCAAAAUAUGUCAGGUUUUAGACACAUUUCUAUUUAUAUUUUGAAGUAUUCAUUGUUGGUUUAUUGAUAACAAUAACGCUGAGAGGAGGAGGAGGAGGAGGAGGAG